AUGUGCCUAGCCCCCCCCGCGUGGGGGGAGCUCGGUCGAUCGCCUCGGAGGCGCGGCAACGCAGCCAAGGACGGCAACGCAGCGAAGAACGGCAACGCCGCGAUCAGCUGUUGCGCGCUUAUAAAUUCAAAACAGGCGGUGUCCGCGUCGCUGGGACUUCGUCUGUCUCCGGAAUAUGGGGCGAGCAUUGAUUUUCGGUGGAAAAGUAAUAAGUCGGCGACGCAUCGAUCGCGACCUCGCUCCGCUGUGGACUACAUUCGUCUGCGGAGGUUAGGGACAUGCGGUGUCGUCCUUGCACCGUAG